CCUACUAUAGGAGAGUGUACGACGUUUCUGUAAACUUUUCAAAUCAAGUUCUUAUCUUAGCCUAAAUUCUUUGUUGAAAUAGUGCAUUCAAUUAUAGUGCUUUGAAUAUGGAGUUUAAAUAUAACUUAAAUGAAAUAUUUAAAUAUUAUAUUUCCAAAGUUUCCAACACUCUGCUACCGGCGGAUUUCAACGGUGACAUAAGAAAAGCUUCACAUGUGGCAAGCCAAGUGUCGGAUAUAGUAGACACCAUGGGACUAGCCUCGGCGAGAGCACAAGGCCUACACCAUCCUAUCACCAGUGCGGAGAGAUUAAGAAUCUGUGAUCACACGCUCUAUAUCAUGAUGGAUCCUAGAGACAACCAUGGAAAAGGAAGCGUUGUUGGUAUUCUGAAGAUGGGAGUGAAACAUUUGUUCCUGUCUGACCCAACUGGCAUGGUCCAUGAGAAGGAAACAUUGUGCGUACUUGACUUCUAUGUCCAUGAAUCAAAGCAGAGGACUGGAAUAGGAAAGAGAAUGUUUGACUACAUGUUAGAGGACAAAGACAUUAAGCCUUGUAAACUAGCGAUUGACAGACCAUCUCAAAACAUCUUGUACUUCUUGAACAAGCACUACGGGUUAGCAAAGAUAUACCCUCAGAACAACAACUUUGUCCUGUUUGAAGGCUUCUUUGAUGAAAAACGUGAUGUCAGAUCCUCUCUUGAAUACUCAUAUAGAUCUGAGAAGUCCAGGCAUGAACAGGAGGAUCGCGACAACAAUCAAGCUGUAACUGACAGGCGUGAACGGGAAGACUACUUGCCCCACCUGUAUGGCCGGCACGCUGCCUACAAACUUCCUGACACUAUGGGAGACAUUAUUGAGGGACGGUUCAACUGGUCACAACCAGUCUCCGACCAGGAAUGGAGAUUAACCUGUCAUAACAUGCUCACUCCGACCAACGUGAACCACCACUCCACUCUCUGGUACCGUAGAUAGAGAUUUCCUGUACUGUAACGUUUAUUUAUUUUUACGAUUUUCCAUUUUUACUUUGUAAAUAGUAUGUAAAUAGCAGUUUUUUACUUAUUCUUAAGUUAAAAGGAAUUGGUGGGGUUGUUUAUAUUCA